CUGGUGAAUCAAUCCUCCCCAACUUCAGAACUGGCUAGGUGCUCUAGAUUGCUACCAGCUCUCCACUCCCAUCAUCUCUCUCUGCCCUUCACUUCCUUUCCCACAAUCUUUUCCCACCGUGACUUCUCUACCCUCCGAUGCACCCGACCAGCCGCCGUCCACCCCCAAGUCGCCGCCUUUCUUCAGGAUGGUUUCUCGCGAAUCACCGACGAAAACGUCGGUAAGGCGUUGCAUGCUCUGUGCAUUACGGGCGUGUUCGACCUGAGUACUUUCCAGGCCAACACACUGGUCAGUUUCUACUCGAAGUUCGGUCGCAUCGAGCGUGCCCGGUACCUGUUCGAUACAAAUCCCGUGAAAAAUGAGGCCUCUUGGAACACCAUGUUAUCUGGUUAUGUUCGCGUGGGACUGUAUCCGGAGGCAUUUGAAUUCUUUGUCCGGAAUUGGGGUCGAGGUCUUUGCCCCAAUGGCUUUGUUCUCGCUAGUUUGGUUACUGCCUGUGAUCGGUCGUGUCGUAUGGUAGAGGAGGGUGCUCAACUCCAUUGCCUUGCUGCUAAAAUUGGCUUGAAGGAUGACGUGUACGUGGGUUCUUCACUUUUGCAUUUUUAUGGAGCGUAUGGCUUUGUUUGCAACGCCAGGAAGGUCUUUGAGGAUAUGCCUUACCGGAAUUUCGUCUCCUGGACUUCUCUGAUGGUUGGUUAUCUGAACAAAAAUGAUCCUACUGAAGUCAUUAAUUUGUACAAGUGCAUGAGACAUGAGGGAGUGAUUUGUAACCAAAAUACAUUGGCCACUGUCAUUAGUUCUUGUAGUUUGCUAGAUGAUACAUGCGUAGGCCAUCAAGUUCUCGGACAUGUCGUGAAGCUAGGGCUUGGGCAUUGUGUUUCCGUGGCAAACUCUCUUAUAUCUAUGUUUGGUAGCUUCGGUGAUAUCGAGAAGGCCCAAUAUGUCUUUGAUGUCAUGGAUGAGCGUGAUACAAUAUCGUGGAAUUCAAUAAUCUCUGCUCAUGCAAAUAAUGGACUUUAUAAGGAAUCUUUCAACUAUUUUUAUCUAAUGCGGCAUGCUAACUGCCAGCUAAACUCAACUACACUUUCAACAUUGUUAACUAUAUGUGGUUCUUCAGAGAGACUGAAAUGGGGCAAAGGGAUACAGAGUCUGGUGGUGAAAGUGGGAUUGAAUUCCAACACUUGUACAUCUAAUUCUCUUUUGAGCAUGUAUUCAGAAGCUGGAAGACCUGCCGAUGCUGAGCUGGUAUUUGAUGAAAUGUCAGAGAGGGAUGUAAUCUCAUGGAAUGCAAUGAUUGCUUGUUACGUUCAGGAUGAGAAAAGCACAAACGCCUUGCGUCUUUUGGCAGAAAUGCUUUGGAUGAGAGAUGUGAUAAACUAUGUCACUUUUGUGAGUGCGUUGGCUGCCUGUUCAAGUCAGGAAUUCGUCAUCCUAGGUAAGAUUGUUCAUGCUCUUGUAAUUGUUGCAGGACUACAAGAUAAUUUGGUGAUCAGCAAUGCGUUGAUUUCGAUGUAUGGAUUCGGUCAUUUGAUGGUUGAUGCUGAGAAGGUAUUCAAGGCUGUGAGAAAACAUGACAAGGUAUCUUGGAAUGCACUAAUUGGUGGCUAUGCUGAGAAUGAAGAACGUGAAGAUGCUCUAAAAGCAUUUAGACUAAUGAGACAGGAAGGACCCAGUGCAAAUUAUAUCACCAUUGUCAACAUUCUCAGUGCUUGCUCGACUUCCAGCAACCUGCUGACACACGGACAGCCCAUCCAUGCUCAUACAAUCGUGACGGGACUUGAGUCAGAUAAAUAUGUCUGCAAUUCCCUCAUCUCAAUGUACGCCAAGUGUGGGGACCUCUCUUCAAGUGAUCACAUCUUUAGUCAAUUGGACGACGAAGAUGUAGUAGCAUGGAACGCAAUGAUCGCUGCAAAUGCCCACCAUGGCCAUGCAGAGGAGGCCAUAAAACUCAUUGCAAAGAUGCGGACUGCUGAAUUACAUCUUGAUCACUUCAGCUUUUCUGGAGGAUUUGCUGCUGCAGCUAAUUUGGCCUUGUUGGAAGAAGGCUGGCAGCUUCACGCUUUGGUCAUGAAACUUGGGUAUAACACAGAUCUUUAUGUCACUAAUGCGGCAAUGGAUAUGUAUGGAAAAUGUGGAGAAAUGGACGAUGUAUUAAGAAUACUUCCCGAACCAAUGAACCGGACACGGAUGUCAUGGAAUGUUCUAAUAUCAGCUUUUGCCAGACAUGGGUGCUUUGAAGAGGCAAGGGAAGCUUUUCAUGAAAUGGUAGAGCUAGGAGUGAAACCCGAUCAUGUGACAUUUGUUUCUCUGCUUAGUGCAUGCAGUCAUGGGGGUCUGGUAGAUGAGGGUCUUGCAUAUUAUGCAUCCAUGACAACAAAUUUUGCUGUCUCGCCAGCGAUAGAGCACUGUGUGUGCGUGGUUGAUCUUCUCGGCAGAGCAGGAAGGCUCGCUGCAGCUCAAAAUUUCAUCGAGAGAAUGCCAGUUCCUCCAAAUGACCAUGUAUGGAGGAGUUUGUUGGCUGCAUCCAAAGUGCAUGGCAAUUUGGAGCUUGGAAAGAAAGCUGUGGAACGCCUGGUUGAGUUGGAUCCAUCAGAUGAUUCGGCAUAUGUUUUGUAUUCUAACAUGUGCGCCACUUCAAGGAGAUGGGAGGAUGUGGAGAUUAUAAGGAGGCAAAUGGGGUCCAUAAGAAAGAAGCCUGGUUGCAGUUGGGUGAAGUUGAAAGACGAGGUGAGUUCAUUUGGCAUGGGCGAUAAGUCACAUCCACAGUCGAAGCAGAUAAAUGAAAAGUUGGCAGAGCUCAAGAAGAUGAUAACGGAAGCAGGCUAUGUUCCCGACACAAGCUAUGCUCUUCAGGAUACAGAUGAAGAACAGAAAGAACACAACCUUUGGGAGCACAGCGAGCGACUAGCUCUCGCAUUUGGUCUGAUCAACACUCCAGAUGGUUCGGCCAUUAGAGUUUUCAAGAACUUGCGCGUGUGCGGCGAUUGCCAUGCUGUCUACAAGUUGGUCAGCCAAAUUGUGAGCAGAAAGAUUAUUUUGAGGGAUCCAUAUCGGUUUCAUCACUUCAGCGAGGGCCGGUGCUCAUGCUCUGACUAUUGGUAGACAAAGUGCUCUCUUCAAGGUUGCAAAACAUAUUCAUUUUGCUUUGUUGUAUCAUGGAUAAUUCCAUUGAGAAACCACAGAUACGUUAAUCAAAAUUUUCUUUUUGCAGUUAGGGAAAAUAAAACGCAAUGCUCGUUUCGAGCUCGAUGAAA